AUGGCUGUCGAUCCGGAAGUGCACAGUGUUGAGUCUCUCUGCGACCCCGCGGCUGAUCGGGAAAACUGCACCAGGAACCAUGACAUCAUCGCCGAGGAUCGUGAGAGCGCUGCUCGGCUUAUCCAGAUGGUUGAUUACAGCGAUACAGAGAACGUAUCGGGGAUAUCGAACCCGACGCGAGCUACAAGGCCUGGGGUUGAACGCAUCGACGCGCUGGGCAGAGCACAGGCUCUGAAAGACACAAAAUGGCACCAGCUCAAUCGUCCUACAGGUCCCUCAACUUCACCGGAAACGGACACUGCCAAACGAGCCCGCCUGAAAUGGGAGCGCGUCGUCAAGGUAGCGAUCCAAGCUGGCGGCGACGAUGGCAACGGCGGCGAAGGCACGCACUCACCAUCGAUCAUGAGCGGGUCGCAGUCUGUCAGUCCGGCGCCUGCUACACGGCCGCCCUCGCAGGAAGUCCCCGCAAAAGGGAACUUCUCGUCGUCGAUCUCGCGAUUCCGGCGCUCGCUGCCGAUCGUGCACCAUGAGCUGCCGCCGCAGAAGGUCGCGAAGAUGAUGGACCAGCGAUAUUUUCUCGAGAUGGUGGAUCUCAAGCACCGGCACGGCAGUAACCUGCGCAAGUACCACAAUUACUGGAAAGACUGCUCCUCGACUCAGAAUUUCUUCUAUUGGCUGGACUAUGGGGACGGGAAGAAUCUAGAGCUGCCCGACUGCCCGCGCGCGAAGCUGGAACAGCAGCAAGUGCGCUAUCUUACGCGCGAGGAGCGAUUCAACUAUCUAGCCACGAUUGAUGAAGCGGGGCUGUUCCGCUGGGCCAAGACUAACGAGCUUGUGAGUACGGAUGGUACACGAUACAAGGAUAGUCUACACGGAAUCGUGCCUAUUGAAGAAGAUGCGCCGCAGUUCAGGGGCCAUUCCGAGUCGGGAUACCCGCUGGCGUACGCAUCGAGCUCAUCGUCCAUGUCAAGUCUGUCAUCCCCAUUAAGCGAGGACUCGGCAGAAGAUAGCGCAAAGGGACUGAACCACGGCUAUGAGGACGCAAAAGGCGUCAGCAAGUUGGCACAUGUGACCCCAGCAGUCAUCCGCGAUAGAUUUGCCCGCAAGCCUUCAAAGAGGAAGGAUAUGUGGAUUUUUGUCGCAGACACUUCAUUCCGCGUGUACAUCGGGAUCAAGGAGAAAGGGGCCUUCCAACAUUCCUCGUUCCUACGGGGCGCACGCAUCGCUGCAGCAGGGUUGAUCAAGAUUUGGAACGGCCAGCUACGGAGCGUGGCACCACUAAGUGGCCACUACCGUCCUCCAUCGGCCAACUUCCGCGCCUUCGUCCAUGCCCUGCAGGAUCAAGGCGUGGACAUGUCCCACAUCUCCAUCACCAAGUCCUACGCCAUCCUUGCCGGUAUGGAAGGGUACACCCGGACGAAACAUAAGUUUCGUACCCUGCACGAGGCAUUCGACAGCUCGAAGCGUAGGCUGUUUCACGAUCGAGACGAACCGACGGAGGCGCAGGUAGCGGACGAGAAGGCAAUCCACAAAGACAACUCGGAGUGUUCAGCGCCACAGGACAGACAUAGCGCAGGAAGCAUUAGCCACCAAGCAGAGCAAGCUCAGAAUCUCCCAUCGAGGAUGAGAAACUUUCACCUCUCGGAUAGCCCUGUCUCUGCUUCGAACACUCUCACCGAAGACCCGGUGGUAGUACCCCCUGGUGGUAGGACCCGCGUUGAUACCCAGAGUGUGUAA